AUGUCCGUGUUAUUCGUGAUCGACAGACCAGCUGGCUUACACAGCGCAGAACAGUCAAGACAGUUCGGCUUCCUCCGAUUCUCGACGCUGCGGCAGGCAGAGGAUUUCAUGGACCGGAAUUACCCCGUUCUUUACAUCUACGGUGACAACGACAACUCUAAUGGGACUGCGUCCAAAGUUCGAAUUGCCUUCGGUCGUGAACGGAAGGAUCCUAUUCGAUCUGAUGAUGCUGAUUGGAUCUGCGCUGUUUGCAAUGUCAACAACUUUUCCACCCGAGGCAGAUGCUUUCGAUGUCACGCUUCAAGACCAGAUCCCGGUUAUGAGGUGCCUGCAAAAGCCCCGAAUGUCGGAGAUAAUGAUGUCUCCCCCGAUAAUGCACCAUCGCAGUUUCUACUUCUGCGCGGCCUGGAGCCAUCGGUGACGGAAGAGUUACUGGCCAAAGGCGUAGCCAAGCUGAACAAACCUGGCUCGUCAGCAACCCAACGGGAUGAAUCGUCUGGCAAAAAGGGCGCCAAAGUGGCGUCUACGACUGGAGAUGCCAAUCUCGGAGCCCGAGAGGGCACCCUCAGGCGAGUGCUCCUAGUACGCGACCGUAGAAGCAACGAGAGCUCGCGAUACGGGUUCGCAGAGUAUGCUUCCAUUGAAGAUGCACAGGCUGCAUUGACUAGGUACAACUCAUUCGAGCGAUUCACCAUCGCGUCGAAACAGGUGUUGGUCAGCUAUAUUCAUGCUGGAGUUUUCGUACCUGUGUUGAAACCUACGCCGAACACCAAGCGCUUUACAUUCAGCCCACUGGGAAAUCCAGCAAUGAAGUUGGCUUACUGGGACGAGACUGCAUAUGUCACUGAGCUAGCCGUAUCUGUGCCUGCAUCGAUUCCAGAUGCGAGGUCGUCGACAACAGAGGGACCCUUGGUCAAGGCAUCAAAAGAGACAGCAGAGAAAGCGAAGAAACGCAAGGCCCAAGCGGAAGUCGAGACGACCGGAGCAGUCAAGAAAGCGGCCCCGUCCCAUCUUCAAUUCUGGAGCAACAGACACGCUGAGCUGCACGGCAUCGGGCAGAAACCCAGCGAUGGCGGUGACGAUACCAAAUCAAGUGACAACGGCGACGAACCUCCGCCUUCUCGGUCGUAUGCCGACCCCAACAGACAUUGCUGCUACCUCUGCAUGCGGGAGUUCAAGAACAACACCGAAGUCAACCAGCACGAGCGGUUGAGCCAUCUACACCGCGAGAACCUCACGGAUGAAGCCAAGGUCAAGAAAGCCUUGGCCAAGUUGGCGAAACACGGUGUGCAGCAUCAGCCCGUGAUUUCGGCCACGCAGUACCGCAACCGUGCGCGCGAAAGACGCAAGAUCUACGGCGUGGUCAACAAGAAAGGUGAUCAAGUUCAAGGCAGAGGCAAUGGACCGCAAAAGGCCGAUGCCGCACCCUCACCACCUGCUGUGUCUAUGCAAUCAAAGGGCGCUUCUCUGCUCAGCAAGAUGGGUUACACGGCCGGUCAGGGACUGGGAGCAUCAGGCGAAGGCAUGACCGCGCCAAUCAGUCAGAACAUCUACGUUGCCGGCGUCGGCCUCGGAGCAGAGGGGGGCAAGGUCGGUGACGCCGUUGCCGAAGCUGAGAGGAAUACCAAGGGCGGCUACGACGCAUUUGCAGAAAAGACGAGGGAAACCGCCAGAGAGAGGUACGCUAGGUUGGGACAGUGA